AAACUGUCUUUUCUUUUGGUGUUUACCGUUCCCACGUGUCAUUGUUUGUUCUAUUUCCACUCGAUGGACAUAAAAGCAGUGCUUGCUUCUCUCUGAAAGGACACUUGCAACGAGAAGUUCAGCGGAACAAGCAAAAAGGUACUGAAGAGAAACGCCCGUGUGGUAAGAAAACAAUGGCCGUCCUGAAGAUAGCUUGCGCCCUUGUGGUAUUGAUGUUCCUCACGGAUUACUUCCCAACACAAGCUGUUGAGUGUAAUUUUUCUGUUGGAAACAAAAAAGGUGCUACGUCUCCCGACUGGGAACAAGGUUUCAAAGGUUCUUCUGCCAGUGGGUUAAGGAAUUGCGAAGGCAAAUGCGCCAGUACCUGUGAAAGGAAGGAUGGAUGCAAAGCGGUUGAUGCGCACAUCACCAAAACCUUUUUUGGUGGUCCAAUCUGCAAUUGCUAUGGAUACAACAACCAUCCCGAGCUCAAGGAAGCACAGUUCUGGGGACAUCGCUCUUGCUCAUAAACCAUCAUUUUGGACUCAAAAUGAAAUGCUUUUCAAGAAAGGCAUUUGUGAUCAAGAAACGGGAAUAAAAUUAGAAAAAAAUACAUAUA